AUGGGAAAACUUGAUACAGUUACCGAUAAUAUUAAUUUUGCUGAAGAAGAAAAUAAAAUUCUUAAUAAUUGGAAUGAAAAUAAAAUUUUUGAAAGAUCAUUAAAACAAUCUGAGGGUCGACCACGAUAUACAUUUUACGAUGGACCACCAUUUGCAACUGGGUUACCACAUUAUGGUCAUAUUCUUGCUGGUACUAUUAAAGAUACAGUAACACGUUGGGCUCAUCAAAAUGGAUAUUAUGUUGAAAGAAGAUUUGGAUGGGAUACUCAUGGUCUUCCGGUUGAAUUUGAAGUUGACAAAACAAUUGGUAUUAAAGGUCCUGAUGAUGUUUUAAAAAUGGGAAUUGAUAAGUAUAAUGAAAAAUGCCGUUCUAUUGUUAUGAGAUAUUCAGAUGAAUGGAAAUCUACUAUACAAAGAAUGGGAAGAUGGAUUGACUUUGAUAAUGAUUACAAGACACUAUAUCCUUGGUUUAUGGAAUCAGUAUGGUGGGUUUUUUCAGAAUUAGUUAAAAAAGACCUAGUUUAUCGUGGUGUAAAAGUAAUGCCAUUUUCUACUGGAUGUUCAACACCAUUAUCUAAUUUUGAAGCAGGUCAAAAUUACAAAGAUGUUGUUGAUCCAGCUUGUUUUAUUGGAUUUCAACAGAAAGACAACAAAAAUAGAUAUUUUGUUGCUUGGACAACAACCCCUUGGACACUUCCUUCUAAUUUAGCAUUAUGUGUUCAUCCAGAUUUAGAUUAUCUUAUUGUUGUGGACAAAAGUACAGGAAAAGAAUUAAUACUUCUUGAAUGUAGAAUUAGUGAACUUUUUAAGAAACCUGACAUGUAUAAUGUUAUUGAAAAAGUAAAAGGAAAUGUAUUUAAAGAUAUGGAAUAUGAACCAUUAUUCCCAUAUUUUGCUCAUCUUAAAGAUAAAAUUCCAUGCUUUAAAGUACUUACAGGAACUUUUGUAACAACUGAUCAAGGUACUGGUGUUGUACAUCAAGCCCCUUAUUUUGGAGAAAUUGAUUAUGCUACUUGUCUUGAACAUAAAGUUAUUACCAAAGACAUGAAAAUUGUAUGUCCUGUUGAUCAGGAAGGAAAGUUUACCUCUGAAGUUACUGAUUUUGAAGGAAUGUAUGUUAAAGAUGCUGAUAAAGUUAUCAUGAAACAUUUAAAAGAUCGUGGUAAUCUUAUUAAACAAGAACAAUGUAAACACAGUUAUCCAUACUGUUGGAGAUCAGAAACACCUCUUUUAUAUAAAGCUGUUCCAUCAUGGUUUAUUAAAGUUGAGACACUUAUUCCUCAAUUAUUAGAAAAUAAUGAUAAAACUUAUUGGGUUCCAACAUUUGUUAAAGAGAAACGUUUUGCUAAUUGGCUUCGUGAUGCAAGAGAUUGGGCUGUUAGUAGAAAUAGAUUUUGGGGUACACCAAUAAAUUUGUGGGUUUCUGAUGAUUUUGAAGAAAUUGUUUGUCCUUCUUCUAUUAAAGAACUAGAAGAAUUAACAGGAACUAAAAUUACUGAUAUACAUAGAGAAAAUGUAGAUCAUUUAACUAUUCCUUCAAAACAAGGUAAAGGAGUACUUAGAAGAGUUUCUGAAGUUUUUGAUUGUUGGUUUGAGUCAGGUAGUAUGCCUUAUGCUCAACAACAUUAUCCAUUUGAAAGAAAAGAAAUUUUUGAUAAAAUAUUUCCUGCUGAUUUUAUUGCUGAAGGUAUUGACCAAACACGUGGAUGGUUUUAUACUCUUCUUGUCUUAUCAACAGCCUUAUUUAACAAACCACCAUUUAAGAAUCUUAUAUGUAAUGGUCUUAUUCUUGCAAGUGAUGGAAAUAAAAUGUCAAAAAGUAAGAAAAAUUUUCCAGAUCCAAUGCUUGUUGUUCAAAAGUAUGGUGCUGAUGCUUUAAGACUUUAUUUAAUAAAUUCACCCGUAGUAAGAGGUGAAAAUUUAAGAUUUAGAGAAGAGGGAGUUAAAGAUGUAUUAAAGGAUGUCUUUCUUCCAUGGUAUAAUGCUUAUAGAUUCUUUGUCCAAAGAACACAAUUAUUUGAACAUGACAUGAAUGAUGAAUUUAAAUUUGUUGAUAAUGUUGAAAAUGUUAUGGAUAAAUGGAUUCUUUCAUUUACAAAUUCUCUUGUUGCAUUUGUUAGAAAAGAAAUGUCAGAAUAUCAUUUAUAUGCUGUAGUAUCACCAUUAACAAAAUAUUUUGAUACUUUAACUAAUACAUACAUUCGUUUGAAUAGAAAACGUUUCCAAGGAGAUGACAAACAAGAUAGACUUGAAGCUUUAUCAACACUAGGAAAUGUUUUAUGCAUAAUUGUUAAAUUGAUGGCUCCAUUUACACCAUUCUUCUGUGACUUUUUAUGGAAAAAUUUAAAGAAAAUUUUAGAUGCACCAGAAGAGUCUGUUCAUUUUACUAUGAUUCCUGAAGAAAAUACAGGAGUAAUAUGUGAAAGUGUAGAAAGAAGAGUUUUUGCUAUGACAUCAGUUGUUGAUUUGGUAAGAAUUUUAAGAGAACGAAAAUCUAUUCCUGUAAAAUAUCCAUUAAAAGAAGUUAUUGUUAUCAAUCGUAGUGAACAAUUUUUGGAAGAUUUAAAAUCUUUAGAAUCAUACAUAUUGUUGGAAUGUAAUGUUAAACGUUUAACUGUUUCUCAAGAUAAAGAAAAAUAUGGUGUUAGUUUGAAGGCAGAACCAAACUUUAAAUUAUUAGGAGCAAAAUUAAGAGGAGAUCAGAAAAAAGUUGUUCAAUAUUUGAAAGAAGCAAGUGAUGAAGUAUUAACAGAAUUUCUUUCAAAGGGUGUUAUGACAGUUUAUGGUUAUGAAAUAACAUCAGAAGAAGUAUCAAUAAAAUAUACUUUUGAUGGAACAAAAGCUAGUAAUGAUGAAAGAUAUCAAACACAUUCAGAUGUUCAGACAGUUGUAAUACUUGACACUGAAACUGAUGAUGAUCUUGUAGAAGAAGGUUUAGCUCGGGAAGUUGUUAAUAGAAUACAAAAAUUAAGGAAAGAAGCAAAACUUGUUUCAACAGAAACAGCUAAAGUUUAUUGUCAAGUACUAGACAAAGAUAGUCAGUUGUAUCAAGUUUUAACAAAACAUAAAGAAACUAUUGAAAGUGCUACAAACACACCAUUAAUGAUUGCUGAUGAUCUUCCAUCAGGAUUAAAUAUUAAAGCCACAAAUUCGAGUCAAAUAAAAGGAGUUACUAUAACUGUAACAUUGGUUUAA